UACCCCUUGAGACAAAACGACGUAUUCGGGCCGAUUGUCCGUGCUGCAGUUCGACACUAAACUAUGUCUCUUUAGUUUUCCUCAGAAGCGCGCUUCAUAUUCAACGUAGCCAUGGUGUUCAGGUCUUCGUCUAAAGCCCUCGUAUUCUUCGCGGUCGCGUACAUCGUCGUUUGCUGUUCCGCUACUGCUGCUUCUGCGAAGAAACCCACGUUCUACACGUUCUGCGUCUGGGACGCCUUCUCCCGCUAUCGACCGGCGCCGCACAACUUCAGCGCGAAAGACAUCCCCGCCGAGCUGUGCGAUGCGGUCAUCUACUCACACGUGACCAUCGACAACAAGACCGGCGCGAUAAAGCUGACCGAGAAGGAGCUGAGCCUCGAUCCAGAGGCCCGGUCUUACUCUAAAUCAUUCCUCUACAAUCCGAUAUGGAUGCUACCUCCACAUCGCGGAUUUCGGGAAAUGAGCGAGCUGAAGAAGAGGAACCCGAAACUGAAGCUGCUGCUCGGAAUCGGUGGCCCGCACGAGACAGUGGAGAGGUACUGGCAGUUCCUGCGGCAGAUGCACCUCUACAGGGACAUGGUGAUCAGCAUCUCGCAGUGGGUCAAGACGUACGGCUUGGACGGCAUCGUUGUCGACUUCUUUUCCGGCUCAAGGACAGCGCAGGACACGGUCUGGACGUGGGACACGGCUAAAUUCAUACACCCUUUCUUAUGGGAAAUACGGGAGAGGUUCAAAGGAUAUAUAGCAAAGUGGCACAUCAUCCUGACUCUGCCCGCUUUCGACAGUUCCACGCACCACCUGUUCAACGUUAACAGGCUCUCAGAAGUGGUCAACUUCUUCUUUGUAAAAAGCAGCGACUGCCAAGAGUUUCCGCAAGGCGCAGGGCUGAACGUGUCAAAGACCAUGGACAUGUCUGAUAUUGACAGACUCGAGCUCAUCGUCAAGAGAGGCGCCGAGCGCUCGAGGGUGGUGCCGGAAGUGACGUUGUCGGGUCGCACGUACUCGGCUACGGGUUCAGGCUUCGGAAGGCACAUUGUGUUCGAGGGCCGACAGGCUAAUUACACCAAGCAGAAUGGAUUCCUGUCAUCCUUCGAGGUAUGCUCCGAGAUGCAAAGCGGCUGGGAGCAGGGACGCUCCAGCCAAGGGGCCUGUCCGUUUCUGAAGAAGGACGAAGAAUACGUGGCCUACGAGGACGACGAGAGCAUUCGUCUCAAGGCAAAAAUGAUCAUGGGUCGCAAGUACCGCGGCGCAGUCAUCAGAAGCGUGGACCUGGACGACUACAACUCGCAAUGCGCGGGAAAGUCUAACCUUCUCAACGGCCUUCGCUCCAGCUUCAAGGAAGCAACUGACGACAUGGACUAUCCUUACGAUCCUCCGAACGCGGCGUGGUGGGACGCAGACAUUCCCAAAAUGAGGCCCACCGUGGCACCGCUACCAAAGCCAACAACGACCAACGCAAAGAAGGUAUCGACACGAUCCCAGCUCGAGACCAACACAUCAACGAACCCGCAGAAAGGUCCAACGGGCAAGGAAACAGCUCCUUCACCAAACACUGCUGCGACGUCGCCGGCAGACGUACCUGCGUCGAAAGUUCCAGCGGAAGUUCAGAGUACGCCUGCGAAGGUGCUGCCAGCAGAGACCACCACCUCGCCCGGUCGCGGUGACCUACUGAGAGUGACGUCCACAGAAUCGUCUGCGACGUCCACAGAAUCGCCUGUGACGUCAUCGAAACUCGCAACUGGUGCAACCACAGCGACGGAGAGGAGCAAGAAUGUCUGCAAAGGAGCCAAAGACAACACGAUGCUGCCACAUGAGUCAGACUGCAGCAAGUACUAUCACUGCGUGCAUUCGACGUCGCAUGUCAAGGACUGCGCGCCGAAUACAAUCUUUGACAUUGAGCGCCAAAUAUGCAACUGGCCGGCGAUCACCAACCGGCCCGAAUGCAAGUUGUCUUGAUGUCCUGCGUUUAGCUGAACACAUGUUUGUGUACGGUAGCGGCCUUGCGAUAUCCUUGUUUUUGUUUCAAUAAAUCAUAUAUCUUCAUUUGCA